AGUGAGAGAGAGAGGGAUGGCUGUGAGAGGAGUAUCAGGACGGAUCGAGGAGAGGAGUACAGGAGUAGAUCUGCUCCCUCUGUCCUAAUGCAGCAGUGAGAAGGGGCGUGGGGGCAGGAGCGGAGGGCAGAGGGACAGCAGGGGGAUGGAAUGUGGUGCUGGAAUAAGAAGAAGAGUUUGUGACGGACUGCUGCUGCUGUUGGAAUAACUCUGUGGUGUUGGGAGAUGGAUAAGAGCGCGCGUGCAUGAAGAACAGAGCGCACAGGAGGAGAAGGAGGAGGGCAGCAUGGACACGCGCAGGGGGGCAGAGGUCUCAGACUCCAGAUGUCCGGUCCCCUGGAGUUUUCCUGGGUUCAGCCCCAGUGGAGUGUGACGGCCGGGCUGGAGGAGGCAUGGGCCGGGCGCUGGGCACCAUGAGUCCUGGCCAUGCUCUGAUAUUUUAGCAUGGAUGGCGCCAGCAGCAGAACCUGCGCCCACUAACGAAACUACUGGACUGCUGAGGUGCAGGACUAGCAAUUACAGAAGGAUUAGCUCUCUGACUUCCUGUGAACUUUGCAUUAGUGAAAGCUUUUAAAGGACUUCCUCUUUCUUCCGUUGGAUUUACUUCAUCUCCACUCUCCUCCCUCAAUCCACAGAUCUUGUGUUUAUUAUUAUUACUACAGUUUUUUUUUUAAAUCUCCUUCUCAUCCCCACCUGUCCCACAAUGGAGUUCCAGGUGGGACUGUGGAAUAAUGAUUGGACCUCUUUUGUUCGGUUUUGGUUUACUGUGCUUCUGAGCCUGCAAGUGCAGUUUGGCCCUGUGGCCUCCUGUCCCAAAGAGUGCCGCUGCGACAAAACAUUUGUUUACUGUAAUGAGAGGAGUCUGACAUCUGUGCCUCUGGGGGUGCAGGAGGGAUACAAAACCCUCUAUCUCCACAACAACCAGAUCAACAACGCCGGCUUUCCACUGGAGCUGCACAACGUGGCUUCUGUGGACACGGUCGUCUUGUACGGGAACCAGCUGGAUGAGUUCCCCCUCAACUUGCCGAAGAAUGUAAGAGUACUGCACCUGCAGGAGAACAACAUCCAGACCAUUUCCAGGGCAGCCCUGGCCCAGCUACCAAUGCUGGAAGAACUGCAUCUGGACGAUAACUCCAUCUCCACUGUUGGGGUAGAGGAAGGGGCUUUUCGAGAAGCCGUAAGCCUCAAACUCCUCUUCCUCACCAAGAAUCACCUGAGCAGCAUCCCCAUCGGAUUACCAGUGGACCUGAAGGAACUGCGCUUGGACGAGAAUCGGAUUGCUGAAAUAGACGAAGACGCUUUUCAGAACGUCACCAACCUGCAGAGACUCCUUUUGGACGGCAACCUUUUGGAAGAUGAGGCCAUUGCUCCUGGAACUUUCCAGAACCUAGACAAGCUGAGAGAGCUGUCUUUGUCCAGGAACUCUUUGACGGCCCCACCACCACUUCUUCCUGGGGAUUCCCUGGUCAAGCUCAAUCUGCAAGAGAACCAGAUGCAAGACAUCCCAGUGACAGCUUUCUUUGGGCUUGGAAAGCUGGAGAAACUUGAUAUUUCAUACAACUUGCUUCAGACUUUGCCACUGGGAGUCUUUGAUGGCCUGAAUAGUUUAACACAUCUCUUUGUGCGGAACAACCAGUGGCUCUGCGAUUGCUCCAUCAAGUGGGUCAUCGCCUGGCUCAAGUCCCUCAAGUCCUCUUUAAACGUCCGUGGGUUCACGUGUUACAAGCCGGAAAGAGUACGGGGGAUGGUGAUUCGAGAGCUCACUCUAGAAGCCCUCCAGUGCCCGGCUGGCACAGAACUCCAUCCAUGGGUCACUCAGGUACCUACAUCUCCUUCGACAACACCUCACAGAACCACAAGUACUCCCAGAAACACCCGUACAACCAUUACCCCAUUCACAACUUUGCACCCAACAUCAUCCAGUUCACCCACACCACCCUUAGUCCAUAUCCCAGUCGGUCGCUUUCCUCCCUUGGGUGACCCCUUGAAACUAUUCUUGAAUGUAGUGAACUCCACCUGCAUAGAGGCGAGCUGGGAGUCCUAUUUCACUGUCACGGCUUACAAAAUCACCUGGGUUAAGAGAAGCAAAGGUCUGAUGACAGACAAGAGCCAAGAAAGGACGGUCUCAGGAGAUCAGAGGAGGCUUACUUUGUCAACCCUGGAGCCACGAUCUACGUACCGCGUCUGCGUUUAUGUUCUGGAUACUCUUAACAGUUACAGACCAGGAGAGGACACGAUGUGUUUGGAAAUCAAGACCAAGACAGCUCCGAUCAACUCCAAUACGGUUACGGAGUCUGAGCAGGCAGCCCGGCAGGACAACACUUCCACGCUCCUUUUGGCAGGAGUGAUAGGCGGAGUCGUGUUUGUGGUCUUAGUGACUCUUCUCAGCCUGUUUUGCUGGCACAUGCACAAGAAGAGCAGGUCGUCCUCGUCCAAAUGGAAAUAUAACAGGGGCAGGAGAAAAGACGACUACUGCGAGGCUGGCACCAAAAAGGAUAACUCUAUCCUGGAAAUGACUGAAACCAGCUUUCAGAUAGUUUCACUGAACAAUGAGCAGCUCUUAAAGGGCGAUUUUAGAAUCCAGCCCAUCUACACCCCCAAUGGAGGCAUGGGCUACAGAGACUGCCAUCUCAGUAACAAUAGCAUCGCUUACUGCAAAAGCAGCAAUGUUCCAGCUGUGGACUUCUGCCACACGUGAUACGCGCUACAACCUUUUUGGAAGAAAAUGUAGUUCCGUAAAAAAAAAAAAAAACAUAUACUGUACAAUAUGCAUAUACAUAUUAUAUAAAUAUAUAUAUAUAUAUAUAUAUAUUUCCAGGUUGAGUCGACAUGGUAAUUUAUACUGUGGACAAUUAUGUGGAAUUCAGCUGUUCUUUUUUUAUCUGAUUCUUAGUAAAUAUAAUACAAAUGGGUUUGUAAUUAAUGGGGCUUUACUGUGGUUUUACUCGAGGGUGGCGCAGUUGUAUUUGUACAAUCAUGGCACGUCGGAUCUGGUCUAUCUGGUGUAUGGGUCCACCCCAGGGUUCGGUUCUCUGCCUCAUGGGUGUUAAACACAGGCCUGGAUACUUUGCUAACCACAGAAUCUCAAUAUGCCCUUUACUCUGAAAUACAGCGACUCUUUUCAUACAACCAACGGUAGUUAAGACAACACAGCGGGCAGGAAAACUAAACACUGCUGAUUAGCCUGCGGGCUUGGGCUGGGCUGGGCUGGGGUUGGGUGGGGUGUUGAGGUGGUGAGGGGGUCUAGAGGGGGUUAACUAACAUAGGAGCUGUUUUGUUAUGAUUUUUUUUUUUUUUAAGUUUUUCUUCUUCUCUGCAAAAGAAAUGAAGUGCACUUUCCUAAUAUGUGAGCGAGAGUGCAAGUAGCCAUUCAGGAAAUGAGCUUUUGGCUUUUGUGGAAGUGAAAGAGAAAAGGUUACACGUUUUCCAAUGCCCCCCCAAAAAACUCACACAGGGCAAGCGAACAACACUGAAUGAGCUAGAAUGCCAGAAGUGCUUUACCGGCCAGCUUUCACCAGGGUUUUCUUUUUUUUAUAUAUAUAUAUAUAAAUUAUUUUUGGUUUAUUGUUGUUACCACCAGAGGGCAGAUGUUUUUUGCAUCUUUCAGGUUUCAGCAAAAAAAAAAAAAAUCAAAUAAAAUCAUUCUUUUAACCUAGGCCUGUCAUGAUAACCAAUCUAUUUAACAAUAUAUUGUCCAGGAAAUAACUGUGAUAAAUGAUAUUAUUGUCAUUUAAGAUCCUUUCAAUUAACGUUUAAUUACUUAGAUAUCAUAGGAAAGCAAUCAUAAAUUAAAUUCAAUCAGCAUAUUGGAUCCUUUCCAAGAAACACAUAAUGGGUAGUAUUGAAUAGAUCUAAAAUGACUGAACAAAGUAAAGUCUGUAUAAAAUAUUGUAUACAAUAAAUUGUACAAUAAUAUGAUUAUCAUGACAGGCCUGUUUAAAAAAUUGGGUAAAUAGAACAUUUAUUAAUAUUUUUUUUACAUUUGCAUUAAUGUGUCUAUCAUUGUAUCAGAGGCUCUCCAACAAGCCCCUCCCAGAAGGUUCACAUUUUCUAACCCAGCCCUGCUUGUGAGACAGGCUGCUUGUGAGACAGGCUGCUUGUGAACUGGCUGGUGGCCCCUUGCUCUGGACUGGUUUGAGAACUGGUCUAGUCUGGGGUCUACAUGGUGUUAAGCAAUGCAGAUAUACUGAGUUUAGUUUAUAUGUUGUUUUUUUUUUCUGGUUGUUUUCUGUUGAACAGCAGGUGUGCAGUCAGUCAAUCCUUUGUGUUGAAAUAUUCAAGAGACACCUAAUCUAAUGCCACACACGGCGUCUGCAUCUCUCUUGUGCGUGCCCUAAUUACCCUUCCUAAUUAUUUUGAAGGAUUUACAAAUUAGGCUUGAGCUGGAUGUAGGUCCCCCCCCCCCCCUCUCUCUCUCUCUCUCUCUGUCUCUCUCUCUCUCUCUCUCUCUUACUCACACACACUGAUACAUGUAGUUUUUCCUUCCAAUACUAAUACAGAGUACAGAUAACAAUAGAGAUUUUUUACUCAUAUCUGCUGAUACCAGUACAGAUAAUGAUACAAGCUUUUACUUAACUCUUCAAUAGGUGCCUAUAAAUCAUGAUGUUUAUUGCGUUACUUUUUUUUUUACAGGUUUUAUUUCAGUAAAGGCAGUGUUCUGCAUCCCAAAUGAGAUAUAAUAAGGGAAAAGGACAGUAUUCACUGUAGAGUUAUGGAAAAAAAAAUAUAUAUAUAUAAAAUUGACACAAAGCAGCAACACACACAAGUAGUAAAGCAUAAUAACCGCACAUGCCACGGUCAUGCUGCUGGCAUCCAUAGCCGCUUCAUUGUGUCAGUGCCCUCUAUUAUUGCUGAUAUCAGUGCAGAUACUGAUGCUGUACCAGUAUUAAAGAUGCUACAAAUAUCGAUAUGACGAUGUAUUAUUGAUACAUCCCAUCAAAUAUCUAUAUUUUUUUGAAACAUAGGCAUAAACUACACUCUCUAAUUUAAGACUUAAAGCCUAAAAGUACUAAAGUGCUUCAUUACUCCAUGUGAUGCCACUAAUCAGAAUAAAGAGGUGCAUAAUAAAGGUGAUACCAAUACUGUGCGUAAGUGCCAGUAUCAUACAAAUACAGAUACUGUGUCAGUAGUACAGGCUGGACAGAAUAUUGAUAUAGCGAUGUAUCUUUUGUAUGUUUUGGGAUACAUUAUACGAUACGUUCCAUCAAAUGUCAUUUUUUUUUGUUUUUUUACUGAAAUGUAGACAGGAUAAGCUUUCUAAAACUCAUGGCCCCAUUCAUCUUAAAGCCUGGAUGUAUUGCUUUCUUUAUUGCUUUAUGGUGGCACUAAUCAAAUGAAGAGGGUAAAGCUGAGGUGAAGGAUAUUGGUUUUGAAAUUCUGUGAAACUGACACUGAUAAUAAAUCUAUAAAAUUAUUGUAUUUGAUUAUUUAGGAGUAUUUUAUACUCUUCAGUAUGCAGUAUGCAAAGAUGCUUUGAAGUAUCAUCGAGAAUUGUCUUAAAAUACAAUAACGUUUUUUUUUCCUCAUUCAAGUGUCUGAGAUUACACUGAGAUUACCCACUACAGGUACAUCACGUACCCUACCCCAGCUCACACAGCUCCGCAUGCUGUUUACUUACCACCCCCCCCCCCCCCCCCUCCCUCUCUCUUUUCCUGAUCAAGAGCCUGUUUAAUCAGGGAACAGCUCCCAUACGAUGAUGAAUCGAGGGCCCCAACCAGAAAAGAAACUGGCACAUGCCAGAGCUCCGUCUGCAGAGAACGUGCUCCAAAGCCCCGCAUGAUCGCAAUUAAAACUAUUUUUAAUGCUGUGCUGGUUUUCUGAGCCGGAGCGCCUAGUUAGGAAUGCAGCCUCACCGUGGAGGAGUCUUUAUUAUGCACUGUUACUCAUAGACUUUAUUUGCUUUGACAAGAUUUUAUUUUGUGGGCCGAGUUCAAAGCGCCCUCUCCGGCUCUCCGCCUUCCCUCACUCAUAAUCCUGCUCCAAAAAAGGAAGAGAAAUAUGCAGACGUUAUUUUCGCCUGGCAGCAUGAAUCAGAAAGAGGGGGACAAAAAGGCCAACUGAUGGAGUUAACCCUUCGCAAGGUGCUUCUAAGAAAGCUCAAAAUCCACGUUGUAGAAACAGCGAGGGACUUUCAGCAUGAGUGAACGCAGGAAUGUAGCUGUGGGAACCAGAAUCAAUAAGCAGCAGCUCCAACAUGGCAGACCUUUGCUUACUUUACUCAGUUUAAGGAAUGAGUGAAGUACAUGUAAUCUAGAAACAGAAACAUCAGGAGAACUUUAAAUUCUUUUUCAGACAUAGCUGUAAAUUUCUCUCACAUAUCUUCUCUAUUGUAUGUAUGUUUUACUAAAAAAAGACUGUUAUUAUAUUCAGCUUUCAAUUGGUGGUUUAACAAAAAAAAAAAAAAAAAAACAGCAUCUGUGCAAAUGUUACAUUCAGAGACUGUUUACCUGUAAUAAACUCUAUAUAACAUUAGAAUAAACCUAAAUAAACAUAAAGUCAGUGAUCAGUGAGAGAGUUUACCUGUAAUAAACUCUAUAUAACAUUAGAAUAAACCCAAAUAAACAUAAAGUCAGUGAUCAGUGAGAGCGUUUACCUGUAAUAAACUCUACAUAACAUUAGAAUAAACCCAAAUAAACAUUUAUCUGUUUUCUAUUGGAGAGUUUUAAACAUUACAAUUCUUAUAUUAGAGUAUUCUGUUGUAAUAUUUAAGGUUUAGACAUUUGUACAUGUUUUAAGUACACAAAAGGACUGAAGAUUUGCACAAAGUAUCUAAAUAUAAUUUGAAAUGUUUUACAGAAGUCUAAAAACACUAGAUUGUUUAGGUUAGGGUUUCAUAUUUUGCAGUGCAUAAAACUAUAUAAAGUGCACCUAAACUAUGAAAUACAGUAGUACAGCCUGUAUCCCCAGCUAACCCUGCGUUUACUCGUUCUUAAAGUCUCUAAUCAUUAUGAAUAAGCCUUCUGUAUAGUGUUAACAGUGCAGUGUAGUGUUCAGUUCUCUACAGAAGCUCCAGACUCGUGGAUAUUUGUACAUGUGGUGGAAACAGAUGUCUUGAAGGACGAAAAAAGGGCUACGGACUUCUGUGGUCAUCAAAGUAUUUCUGGAGCUUCGUACCGGCUGGUUCCACAUUACAUCAUCAUCUUCAUCUUCAUCAUCAUCAUGGUUUUGUGUGUCAGUCUUAAGCCUGAAACAGACCUUCGUUCUGUCUCAGGUUUAUGGCUUUUUAACUGAUGUGUAGUCCAUUAACUAUUCAUCACUGCAUUCACGCUAAAGCUCUCAGAAGCCCUAACUCUCGCUCACAGAAGUACUUUCACAAACACAGAAGUCCAGACACAUGUGGGGGAGGUGUUGGAGGACUGAAAUGAAUGGUGGCAGAGUUAAUUCAUCAGGCAUAUAAAUCUGUGCAGUGGCAUACAUUUAGACAACAGGCAGAUGAAUGACGUUCUGAGUGGUGGAAAUAAAUCGAAAUAGCUUGACGUUGCAUAGAGUUAAAGGAAGUUUAAGCUUUUAAUUAUGGUCAAAGCAAUCCUUCACAUUGUUUUGUCCUCUAUAUACUACUGUAUUAUGGGUUUGCAGUGCAAAUGUAGUAAAUGCUAAAUCAUGUUCACACGAUACAGCUCUGAAAAACAAUAAGAGACCACUUUAAGAAAAGUUAAGUUUCUUUGAUUUCACCAAAAUCUCUGAAAUAUAAUCAGGAGGAAGAUGGAUGAUCACAAACCAUUAAACUAAGCUGAACUGCUUGAAUUUUUGCACCAGGAGUGGUAUAAAGUUAUCCAAAAGCAGUGUGUAAGACUGGUGGAGGAGAACAUGCCAAGAUGCAUGAAAACUGUGAUUAAAAACCAGGGUUAUUCCAUCAAAUUUUGAUUUCUGAACUCUUAAAACUUUAUGAAUAUGAACUUGUUUUCUUUGCAAAUAAAUGCUCUAAAUGACAAAAUCAGAGCAAAAUCUGAGAAACUGAUUUUAGAAACUGAAGUGGUUUCAUAUUUUUUUCCAGAGCUGUAUAGUACAGAAACCAUUUUGGUUCUAUAUUGAGUGUUUUCUCUCUAAAUAACUCUAUGCAAGAUGUUUCUGUCACGACAAAAAGAACAAAUUAAAAAUACCCAAACAAUUUAGGCUUUGAUGUAUCAAAGGAUUAUUCCCUUAAGUUGCCAUGAAUCAAAAUAGAACCAUGACACUUACUUAAGGAACUCUUAAAGAACCUAUGAAGAGCUCCACCUUUUAAAGAGUGUGUAAAUAGGUAACAAAACAUUUAAGCAUCCAAAGGGUCCUUUGCUUUACUAGAUACUAUAUGGUGUGCACCAGAUAGUAUGUGGUAAGCACUAUAUACUAUCAGGUGUACACUAGAUUGUAUGUGGUAAACGCAAUAUACUAUCAGGUGUGCACCAGAUAAUAUGCGGUAAGCACCAGGUACUAUCGGGUGCACACUAGACUGCAUACAGCAUAAUACUAUGAGACGUACGCCUGAUACUGUCAGGUGCACACCAGAUACUAUUAGGUGCACACUAGAUACAGUAUAUGUGUAUAACACCAGACACAGUAAAGUGCACAGUUGGCAUUAUCCAGGUAAGCACCAAAUACUAUCAGGUGUGCACUGGACACUAUUUGAUGAGCAACUUAUGCCAUCAUAUGCACAGUAUAUACUAUGUGGUAUGCACCAAAUACGAUCAGGUUGCAAUAUAUUUAGGAAGUAUGCUGUAUGCAGCAGAUACUACCAGGUGAGCACUGGUUAUUAAGCAUUGAGCACCAGAUAAUAUGUGGUAAGCACCAAAUACUCUAAGGUGUGCACUUAAGAUACCACACAGUGAGCACUGGAUAGUAUGUGAUUAGCAUCAGAUACUGUUAGGUGCACACUAGAUCCUGUCAGGUGCACACUAGAAAAUAUGUGUUAAGGACCAAAUACUCAAAUAAUCAGGUGCACACUUCAUACUACGAGGUGGGAACUUGAUAGCAUCAGCUGAGCACCAGAUACAAUGUGGUGAACAACUGAUAAUAUCAGGUGAGCAAUAGAUAGACAGACUAAUAGGAUAAAAAAACACUGUUCACUGGGCUUCAGUGUAUCUAGUGAGCACUUGACUGUGUCUGGUGUCUGGUGUUAUACACAUAUACUGUUUCUAGUGUGCACCUGAUAGUAUCUGGUGUGCACCUAACAGUAUCGGGCAUACAUCUCAUAGUAUUAAAUGACUUAUUAUAGUACUGAACAAUCUACGCUCACUGCACACAGGUUAAAAACAGUGUGUGGUGAUUUACGUAGUUAGCUUCAAGCUAACUGGCAUGGGCGGAUCUACCGGGGUAGCAUAGGGUGGCAACUGCCACCCUAAAUGAAAGCCUUGCCACCCCUACUGCCACCCCAGAAUUAAGUGCUAGUAUACUGUAGUUGCAGUGCUGAUUUUGAGCUUAUAAAAAUCUUAUUUUGCAACUCUAACAUGUAUUGUUUGCUAGGUCCAAUGAUGUCAGUUGCUUAGUAUAUACAUCUGCCGUAUGUUGCCACCCCUCAAAAAUUCCUGCACCCCUCUUGCCACCCCAUAAAUAUUUUUUUCUAGACCCGCCCCUGCUAAUUGGUGAAUUAUAAAACCCUUUACACUACCGUUCAAAAGUUUGGGGUCACAUUGAAACGUCCUUAUUUUUGAAGGAAAAGCACUGUACUUUUCAAUGAAGAUAACUUUAAACUAACUGUAAACAAAUACACUCUGUACAUUGCUUAUGUGGUAAAUGACUAUUCUUGCUGCAAAUGUCUGGUUUUGGUGCAAUAUCUACAUAGGUGUAUAGAGGCCCAUUUCCAGCAACUAUCACUCCAGUGUUCUAAUGGUACAAUGUUUUUGCUCAUUGGCUCAGAAGGCUAAUUGAUGAUUAGAAAACCCUUGUGCAAUCAUGUUCACACACCUGAAAACAGUCUAGCUCAUUACAGAAGCUACAAAACUGACCUUCCUUUGAGCAGAUUGAGUUUCUGGAGCAUCACAUUUGUGGGGUCAAUUAAACGCUCAAAAUGGGCAGAAAAAGAGAACUUUCAUCUGAAACUCGACAGUCUAUUCUUGUUCUUAGAAAUGAAGGCUAUUCCAUGCGAGAAAUUGCUAAGAAAUUGAAGAUUUCCUACAACGGUGUGUACUACUCCCUUCAGAGGACAGCACAAACAGGCUCUAACCAGAGAAGAAAAAGAAGUGGGAGGCCGCGUUGCACAACUAAGCAAGAAGAUAAGUACAUUAGAGUCUCUAGUUUGAGAAACAGACGCCUCACAGGUCCCCAACUGGCAUCUUCAUUAAAUAGUACCCGCAAAACACCAGUGUCAACAUCUACAGUGAAGAGGCGGCUGCGGGAUUUUGGGCUUCAGUGCAGAGUGGCAAAGAAAAAGCCAUAUCUGAGACUGGCUAAUAAAAGAAAAAGAUUAAGAUGGGCAAAAGAACACAGACAUUGGACAGAGGAAGAGUGGAAAAAAGUGUUGUGGACGGAUGAAUCCAAGUUUGAGGUGUUUGGAUCACAAAGAAGAACGUUUGUGAGACGCAGAACAAAUGAAAAGAUGCUGGAAGAAUGCCUGACGCCAUCUGUUAAGCAUGGUGGAGGUAAUGUGAUGGUCUGGGGUUGCUUUGGUGCUGGUAAGGUGGGAGAUUUGUACAGGGUAAAAGGGAUUCUGAAUAAGGAAGGCUAUCACUCCAUUUUGCAACGCCAUGCCAUACCCAGUGGACAGCGCCUGAUCGGAGACAAUUUCAUCCUACAACAGGACAAUGACCCUAAACACACCUCCAAAUUGUGCAAGAACUAUUUACAGCAGAAGCAGGCAGCUGGUAUUCUAUUGGUAAUGGAGUGGCCAGCGCAGUCACCAGAUCUGAACCCCAUUGAGCUGUUGUGGGAGCAGCUUGACCGUAUGGUACGCCAGAAGUGCCCAUCCAAACAAUCCAACUUGUGGGAGCUGAUUCUAGAAGCGUGGGGUGCAAUUUCUCCAGCUUACCUCAACAAAUUAACAGCUAGAAUGCCAAAGGUGUGCAAUGCUGUAAUUGCUGCAAAUGGAGGAUUCUUUGAUGAAAGCAAAGUUUGAUGUAAAAACAAUGUUAUUUCAAAUACAAAUCAUUAUUUCUAACCUUGUCAAUGUCUUGACAACGUAUGGUGGUGAAUAAGUGUGACUUUCAUGGAAAACACAAAAUUGUUUGAGUGACCCCAAACUUUUGAACGGUAGUGUAUAUCUUGUAGGCUACGUUACUUUCAUAGCUUUAUACUUAUAAAACUGAGGAAGUGUCAGACAUUGAAUAUACUUUGGCUAUUUUACUACAUUUGAUGUACAGAAUGAAAAACUAGGUCAGUUUGAGAUUUUUUACCAGACGAUUAACCUUUAACUGCAUUGAUUGAAUUCAGGAGUUUGUCAGUUUUCACAUCUAGAACUGUUCCAAUAAGAAAGUGAAGACGUUCUGCAGUGCGGUUGUGUCAGGAAAUGUCAGGGCGCUUGAAGAUGUGGGACUAGAAGAUGGGGAUAUGGUGAUAACAGCGUUCUUUAUGAACAGCGCAGCAGAGUGAACAGAAAUGACACAUUCGGGAACGACAAUUACCGCCGACAACUAGUGAGACAACAAUGGAUGACAUUAGUGAGGAGACGUCGUUUUGCAUAGUAAUGAGCUGGGAGUGAGUCACGGGCUGGUUUUUGUGGAGUGAACAUUGUUCUACAUGUUCUGCGGGUGACCUGAAAAACACAGUAGUGCGUCUGUGGCACGCUUCUGAAUGGGCGCUGUGCGGUUCUGGCUGCCGUCUGCAUUCAGCGCACUGGCCUUACACUGAAUAAGCACAUUGAUUCCAAUUUGAAUAAUUACUAUAAAUGGCAGUGGGUUCUGUUUGAAGAAGCAGAAGAAGAAAAAAAAAAUCUGUCGCUAAUGAGUCUGAACACAUUUAAGACCUUUGUGCGCCUGGUUCUUUCUGUCCCAUUUGAGAAGGUCAUACCUUUUGUAAGACUGGGCCAAAUAUCUAUAAUUGACACUUAAUUUCAUUCUGAUAAAGGCUACAUGCUUGGUUAGCUUUGCGUAAAAGAGAUGGAGAUAUCAGUCCUAUUUAGCUUUCUUUUUCCUUUUUUUUUACUCAAAGGAAAGAGAAAAGCAGGCUGGAAAAAAUCCAGCACAUCUGCUUGGUCAUUUUAAGGGCAAACCGAGUAGAAGCCAUAAUACAUUUAUGAAUGCUGAGCAGAACUUCUCCAGUUGCAUUUCUCACACAGCUUUUUCAACCCACGAUGACAGUUCCCAUCAAAAUCUGCAUUGUUAAAUAUGCCAUGUUUUGGUUGUAGACUGGGUUAACUGGAUAAUCCAGGGAGAUACAUAGGAACCAAAGCAACCUUUUAUUCUUUGUUUUCUUUUAUUCACUUUACAGACCUGUUGUCAUUGUCCCAUGUAUGUGCCUUGAAAUGAAUUUACAAUGUAGUCCUUGAAACCUUUAAUGUUUUUGCACAAAAAUGAUGUACAUAGAGAACUGAAACUUUUUUUGUUUUGUUUUUCUUUUUUGGAAAAUAAAGGAUCUGUUGGAUUUGGAUCGUUA